UAAACAAAAUAUCUUUUUUUUAAAUGUUCAGUUAAAAUACACUUUUCUGCUUUGAUGAAUUCCUAUGUAUAACCACUAUUCUUUGUUUUUAAUACGCUUGCAAUAAUCUGUUCGUUAGUAAAUUGAAAGUUGAAGGCAAGAUUUCACGACAAUUUACGUUUACACGUUGUCACCUGUCAGAUGGAAACAACAACAGAUAAAAGCAAGGAAACAACAACAAAUAAAAUGGAGACGUUCCUUUCAAAAGCGUUGAAAAUUGCUGCAGUUGUGGCUGCUUACUGGUUCAUCUCAAUAUCUAUGGUAUUUCUAAACAAGUACCUUCUUAGCAGUGAAGAUUUAAAGUUGCAAGCUCCUCUCUUUAUAACAUGGUACCAGUGUGUAGUGACAGUCCUUAUGUGUUUUCUACUGAGCUACCUGGCAAAGUUUCUUCCAAGCUUCGUAUCCUUCCCAGAGAUGUAUGUGGACCCAAAACUAUGCAGAGCUACUUUACCAUUGUCAGUGGUGUUUGUAUGUAUGAUCACAUUUAACAACCUGUGUUUGAAAAAUGUGGGUGUGGCCUUCUACAAUGUGGGCAGGUCUUUAACUACGGUCUUCAAUGUGAUUUUUACCUUUUUCCUGCUGAAACAGACGACAUCAGUUCAGGCUUUGAUCUGCUGUGGUGUAAUUAUUGGAGGAUUUUUACUUGGAGUUAAUCAGGAGGGAGAGGCGGGAUAUCUUUCAGUGAUGGGUGUAAUGUUUGGUAUAUGUGCAAGUGCAAGUGUGGCGUUGAACGCCAUCUAUACAAAGAAAGUUCUUCCCCUUGUCGACAACAAUAUCUGGCGUCUAGCACUCUAUAAUAACGUAAAUGCAACAUUUCUUUUUCUACCUCUAAUGUUUGUAUUCGGAGAAUUUACAGAAAUCGUCAAUUUUAAUCAAUUAACAAGUUCUCAUUUUUGGGCUCUCAUGACAUUGAGCGGAGUUUUCGGAUUCGCUAUAGGAACAGUGACGGGAUUACAGAUUCAGUUUACGUCACCGCUGACACAUAAUAUAUCUGGUACUGCUAAAGCAGCUGUACAGACUGUUAUAGCUUGUAUAUACUUUAGUGAGUCAAGGUCAGCUCUAUGGUGGCUAAGUAAUUUAACAGUUCUUGGAGGAUCCGGCGCGUACACGGAGGUAAAACGGCGAGAAAUGAAGAAACAGCACAAUUUGGAUAUGACUGUAGUAGUCACUGAAGAGAAAAAGGAAAAUGUAUAGACUAGCAAGAUUAAUUUAAGUGUCUUACCUAUUUAGAACUGGAGUGCUUAUAAAAACUCAGAGAAUAAAGUUUUCAUCUUUUAAAUGCACAUUUUUAUGAGAAGGCAGUUAAUUUUUAACUAUUUCUCAGUAAAAACACACUUGCAUGUGUAAGUCACAACAGUUGUACAAAAAGUCUGAAAAUUAUUUAACACUACCUUCAUCAUUAAAGUCCGAGGAUUUUAACUUUAUUUUAAAAAACAGAUACACUUGCUAUCAAUUGUAGAGUAUGCAUAAUGACAUGUUAGGAAAGUGCUACUUUCAACAUUGCACAUGAUCUAAAAGGAUCAUUGCCAUAAAGGGAGGUAAUAAAAUAGAUUCAACAAUACCUUCUACUAAACUGACAAAAAUAUGCAAAUCUUAUAGGAUGACCAGCUCCAUUAAGGGAUGUAAUAAAAAUAGAUUCAAUAAUACCUUCUGCUUGUUGACACAUGCGCAAAUAUUUGAGAAAACUGUUAUCGAAAGUAAGAUUUAAGAAACAAAACAUUGUAUUUUAUGUUUGUAGCAAAUCAUAUGGUUGACUGAGUCCAGUCAUUUUGAGUCUUUUAGUGAUACAUGUACCAGCUUAUAAAAGAUCAAAGUAUAUUGAACAGUUAAUUGGAUUGUACCAAAGCUAUCUGUAGUAUUUUGACAUAUUUUAAUAAAUUAUACCUCUGAAACACUAUAGGCACUUCUUUUCUAAUGAAAUAGAUUCACAUAUGUCAUAUCAUUGUCACAUUGUUGCUGUGAACUUAGGUCAGUGAUUGACUGUUUGGUGUGAUGUUUUGAUAGUUUUUGUUUGUGAAAUUAAUUAAUUGUCUUAAAAAACAGAACAAAUAUUUCCUAUUCAAGACUUGGAUGGUUCUUGAAAAGAACAGGCUCUUGGGCAUCAUUUCCAAGAUAACUUGAAUCUUUGUUGUUUAUAAGAAUGUUUUACUUUAGUUUGAAAAUAAAUAAAUAUUUUGUAUUUGUGUUUAAGGGUUUCUUGAUUUAUGAUUUUAUAGAAGAUUAAACAAUUUCAAAUUCAUAAGCCAGAAAACAGAUGUGUUGAAAUUGAAUAAAUUAAACAAGAAAUUAAUGUAAAUAAGAACAUGGUCAUAUUUUUCAGUCAACAGCGUGUAGUUCUUAGAAGUGCUUGUGAUAAGUUUAUGUAUUAACUACUUAGAAAUAUCUAGGUAUCUUGUGCUUAGAGGGGAAAUGACUUGAAAUUUCUGCAUGAACAGGGCAAGGUAUGAAUUGUUCUUUGUUUUCCUGCAUUUCUAAAGUAAAAUAAGAUAGGUGCGUAAAAAGCAUUUUUAUAAGGCAUUGAAAUGCAGAUUUCAGAACUUGUUGUUCUUUUUUUCAAGUAACAUAACAUAUACCACAGGUGAAAAAUAUUAUGUCAGCGCACAUAAAUCAAAAGGUUAUUUGUUGCUUGUUUUUAAUAUGAUUGGAAAGACCGUUCCAAUUUAUCUUCGUAAAAUAUGUGAUAUUUUGAAAUUUUAAAAGUACCAUGUUAACACAUGUUGUGUUUGGAAUUGUUUUGUUGCUGUUUUUAUAAUGAUUGUAAUGACAAAGUAAAGGAUUUCUUUUAGUAUUUCUAUUAAUAUGUUUGAUGAGGGUCAUAUAUAAUAUUAUGUAAAUACAGUCAAACUUCGUUCACUGGAACUCGGAUAAUUGGUACACCAACCUUCACUCGACCUCAUAGUCAGGUCUUGAAAAUUUGUUUGAUGGCUUGAACUACCGAUAAUUAUGUCUCCCACCACACAGUGGUGUGGGAGACGUAUUGAUUUACUCCAGUCUGUCUGUCUGUAUGUGUGUGUGUCUGUCUGUCUGUCUGUCACAAAGCUUGUCCGCACUCGAAGUCGAACAUUUCUCAUCCGAUCUUCACCAAACUUCAACAAAAUGUGUCUGCCAAUAAGUGCUCAGCCAAGUUGGAUAACUAGCCAAAUCGGCCUAGGCACUUCGGAAUUAUGGCCCUUGAAUUACCCAAAACACUCAGAUUUCUUGCGCAGUUUUGCACCCAAACUGGCGCCUAAACUACUAGUAGUAUAGGUGUCCUUUUGGUGUCAAGAAAGCGCAUGCACAUGUGGAUUAACCUUUAGCCUGCUGGCGGCAAAUGAUUCUGCCUGUUCGCAGUUCAGUCAGUAAAUUUUCAGUGAACACCCCUUUAAAUAAUAAAUGAUAUUGCCCAAAUUGAAUGACGAACCAGUCCAUUGUAGAAAUAUAGCAGGCUAAGGGUUAAGUAAACAGCAUAUAAAGACUGACUUACUAUUUAGAUGAUUAGGCAGUUGUGGGAGACAUGCGCUUUUCUCAAAAGCAUCUCUACUUCAUAAAAAAAUUUGCUGGUCCCAACGAGUUCGAGCAAACAAAGUUUGACUGUAGUCUGAAAGAUUAUCAAUUCACUUUAUACAUUGUACAUGUGUAAUAUUUUUAAGACUAUAUUAUGCAGGGGCAUUUGUAGUUUUACAUGUCAAUUGAAUUUAGACAAAUAUUUUUGUUGUACAUCCAUGAUUCUGAUAAAUCCAUAAGAUGGGCAAGUAUAUCACACUAAGGCUAUCAUGUGUAUCAUGCUGUAUGACCAUAACACAGUCAAAAGUAUAUAUUCUAUGUACAACCUAUUUAAAUAACGUUUGUGUAACCUAUUAACCCUUAGCAUGCUAGAUAAAUUGUCGUCUGCUGGAAAUGUCAUCUACUAAAAUUGUAAAGUUCAUUCAAUUUGCUCCAAAAUUGGAAGAAAUAUUGUCAGAGUAGCAAACAGCUUGGAACCUGAUCAGACGCCGAUUUAAUCGGCAUCUGAUCUGGUUCCAAGCUGUUUGCAAAGGCUGUUAAAUUCGCCUGCAGCAGGCUAAGGGUUAAAUAAUGUUUGAAUAUAAUGUCCAAGUGCAAUUGUCUGUUAGUAGAUUAGCAGUUAUUCAUGGAAUGGAAUUUUGAAAUUGAGAAUCUUGAUGAUUUUUUUUUAAUCCACUGGUUUACAGAAGGUCGGUGAUUCUAAGGUGCCCGCCCAUGAUGAAAUAAUGCACAGAGGGGCACCUACGGCCUUCCUCCACCAUCAAAGCUGGAAAAAAUCCAUAUUACCUAAAAUUGUGUCGGUGUGACAUUAAACCCAACCAAAAAAAAAGAGAGAGAAUUUUUAUCGUGUUUAAAUUGUUAGAUGGAAAGUCUCAGUUUAUUUACAUAUUGCAAAAAAAGCUGCAAUUUCAUCAUCAACAUAUUUUUGCUGCCAUCCAAUAUAUCAAUCAAGUUGUUGCAAAGUGAGUUCUCUUGUCACUACUUUUAUAUUUAUUAGUGUCAUUUAAUUUCAUAUACUGAUAUCAUUUGCAGUCAUUUGUUUCAUCUUUAAAAUAUUUGAGUCAUUCAGUAAACAAUGGGAGUGAAUCUCUUAGACCAUAACGUAAGUGUUCAUUUUGACAUUCUUAACAUUCCAUAUACAGGGAUAUAAAUUAACACUGCAGUGUGACUGCACCUAUAAACCUGCUAGACACGUAAUUUCUAAAGUUUAUGGGCCUAGCCUGAAACUUUGUGGCCUAACUACAUGUAUACGACAAAAUACAUUUAGACUUUGUGGAAAUCCAAAUAAAACACAAAUUCUUUCAUUAUACAUGCUAGAAUCUUUGCAUUGGCACAGCUAUUACAUGUUCCAGGAAUUAUAUUUGAAGUGUACCGAUCCGGCUUACCAUAGUUAAUUUUAACAGAUUGACUGUCUCAUGCGUAAAAGAUGAAGUUGAAAAAAUUAAUUAUAGGAACCCUCAAUAUUAUGCAGAUUGUCAGUUGGGCGAAUGUCUUGAAAAAUAUACUAGUCCAGAUUAAAAAACUGGUUUUCAUGGGCGACUAGGCGAGUGUUAGUUUAUAUCCCUGUAAAGUAAUUUAUUUAGUCAACGACAUGUUACCCAUUAUUCUAACAUGACUCGAUUUGAUUUCCAGUUAAACAAAGAAGGAAAUCAAGCUCUGUAUAUUCGUUCAGAUGCUUCAGUUCCUUGGUAAAUUAGACGAUAAACCACUCGAAGGCCUUGAUUAUUUGUUUAGUAAUCUGUGUAUAUUGUAUGUUCAAUUAUCAGAAAAACUGUAUAGGAUGUCUUGUUGGGAACUUCCCAAAAUGCUACUUUUAAGAUGGUUAUCUUACAGUUUAAAAAAAUGAUUUAUGGUACAAAUUUGUUUAAAUUUAUUUGAAUAUGAUAAGCAAUAGAAUAACUUUAAGAGAGCAUAGCCCUUAUGAAUAGUUCUGUGUUACUGGUAACUGUUUCAGAGUGUGAUUGUAAUAUAUUUAGUACGUAAAAUAGUAAAUCAAAUAUGGAAACACUAUUUCUUAGUUCUUCCAAGGUUCUCCACAUGUUGUUACCAUUAGCAUGUAUUAUUAGAAAUAAAACAUGAUUUGUCAUGUCUAAUAAAUAAUUGUCUUUUGGUUAGCAAAAUAUUUUCGGAGAUUCAUUCAAAGAUUGUCAAAUAUGAUGACAGUAUUAUUCUACUAUCUAUACAUAUUGUUUAUUCAUUUACUGUACCAGAUAAAUGGCAGGUGACUAGACUAGUGUAAAUUGAAUUGUAUUGUUCAAAAAUGCCAGUAAAAGAAUGUGUGUUGUUUUUUUUGUCAUGUAUAUUUUAUUUGAUCUAGUAUUGUACACUACUUAGACCUUCAAAGGCAUUAUUAAAGAAAAUCCAAAACUCAGAGAUUAAAAUACAAAUUUACAGAUUAAUACUUAUGAAAUACAUUUUCAGCUGACAGAUACGAACAUUAAAUUUUAAGUUUUUGUUGAACAAAAUUCAUGAAAAGUGUUUGAACAAAACUAAGCCUGGAUGGCUUUUUGAGGAAAGAAAAUCAUAUUUCUAACUUGAUUAAAGACACUUAACCAGUGUUAGAAUUGAGCCUUUCUUUAAACAAAAUAAAAGUGAAAAAAUCAGUGAAUAUUAUCUAAACAUGUUAAUUUAACUUAAAGGUUGAAAGCUGAUUCUUGAAUAAAACUUAAUUCUUGAGAAAAUUAUUAUAAAAUCUAGCUCUUUUAUGCUAUAAUCCAGUACAGCAGUAUUUAUUAUACACUAUAUGUAUGAAAUCCACGAUUUAUAUACAUUUUCUAGUGCUUCUUAUUUUAUACAACGAUCAGGCAUGUUAUGUUAAAAAGGUUAUAUUUCCAAAGAUAGCCUCCUCCUAGCUGUGUUUGUAUAAAACUUGUUUUUGUAUUAUUUUAAUUGAAAGUACUGUAAAAACUCAUAUUUUCUUUGGGUCAAAAUUUUGUGAAUAUGAAAUUUUGAGAAUCUUCCCAAGCUUUAAAUUUGCGAAAUUGUUAAAAUGGUAUCCUACUUUAAUGGUGAAUAUUUACGCGAGGAUUAAUUUUUGCGACAAGUAGGGCCUCGUGAAUAUAGCGAAAAUUAAACCCUUGCGAAAAAUUUUGCUUUUACAGUACUGUUAACUAUUCCAUAUAAAAGUAAUUACUAUUUUCUCAUUUCGAAGCAUCAGUCAUCAUGUGGUUUGAAUAAAUUACUUCUCAACUCUGUUUCUUGAUCCCCACUCUGGAUAUCAUGUGAUGGAUUCAGGCAGUUGGCUUGCAUUGAUUAGUGCUCCCAAUAGUUGAAUACUGUAUCGUUGGGUUGUCCUUCAAUAAAAAAAAAAGCUGGAAAAUCACGAUAUGACCAGAACUGUGUUAGUGUGACUUAAAGCCCAGUAACACCAUAUUUUUUCAUUAAAAAAAAAAUCAUAGAAUUUGUUCUAUUAUGUUGAUAUUGUCAUAGACAAAAACUUAGCGCUAAAUUCAGUUUCAUUUAUCAGCAAAUUGUUAAAUAUUUUAAUGAUUUAUUAGUAAUUACUUUUAUUAGAUGUUUUAUCUGUUGAUUAGAUUGUUUGUUUUGCAUUUUAUAUUUUAUUAUGAUUUUUGAUGUGCUUGAUGUUAAUAUUUGGUCUUGGUAAGUGAUACAAAACUAUUUUUUUGAAGUAUGAAAAUUAGAAAGUUACAAUUUGAUGGUUGUAAACUAACAAAUAUGUGUAGAUUUUACUUUGCUUGUGUGUUCAUAUAUCAAUUAAGCUGUCAACCUUUUUCAAUUUUUAUGUACAGAUAACCCGGUUUCAGAUUUUCAUAUGCCUUUUACACAAUUACAGUAAGGGAAUAAUUUGUACAAUCAGAGUGAUUUUUACAUGCUAUAUUUUGUUGUAUAACUGGUGUAAUGUUAGGACAAAUAUUGGCUUUUGGCUUCAGUAUUUAUCCAUUUCGUAUAUUUUCUCAUCAUACAGAGAUUUUUUUUCAAAAGAAGUUAUAGUACAGUAGCUCUAUUUUUAACUAAGUGAGAAGUUGUUGGAUAUUUUUAAACAACUGAAUUACCUCCCUUUUACCAAGAAAAUCUAUAUCUUAAUAAUUUGACCAAAAUAAAGCUUAAUGAUUGGCUAAUCAUUGGUUAAUCAUGAUUGGCUAAUAGAUUAGCCAUGAUAGAAUCCAGGUCAAAAAAGUGAUUACUAAUUAAGUAAUUGUAAUUAGUAAUUCUACAGUAAAAUAGUUUAGUCUUUACCCAGAUUGUUUAUGUUAUAUGAGUAAUAGUAAGUGUGUUAUAGUGAUUUUUUUGUUUUUAAGAAAAACUUAAUUGUUAUUAUAUUUAAGAAUUCAUGUGUAUUGUAUGCAACAGAUGGGUUUUAAACCAUGAAAUAUUAUUAAAUGUGCCAUGGUUUUUGUUGUAUUAUAAAUCUAUGGUGUAAAACGUGAUAUACGUUAUAUGUUGCAAUGUGGUAUAAAUAACCAUAAAUUAUUUCAGGUUUUUUUUUUUUCGCUGAAAAGUAGCUCUUGAUUCUAUAAUACAGUUAUUGUACCCCCCGACAACAAAGUUGUAAGGGAGGGUAUACUGGUUUCAGGUUGACUGUCUGUCCGUCCGUCUGUCUGUCCGUAGACACAAUCUUGUGCGCACCAUCUCUCCUCAUCCCCUUGACACAAUUUAAUGAAACUUCACACAAGUGAUCAGUAACAACAGUAGUUGUGCAUGGGGCAUGUUAGGUUCUUUCAGAAAAAAAAUUUGCAGAGUUACGGGACUUUGUUUUUUGUUACUAUACUAUAUACAUAGACACAAUCUUGUGCACACCAUCUCUCCUCAUUCCCUUGACACAGUUUAAUGAAACUUUACACAAGCGAUCAGUAACAACAGUAGUUGUGCAUGGGGCAUGUUAGGUUCUUUCAGAAAAAAAAAUUGCAGAGUUAUGGGACUUUGUUUUUUGUUACUAUACUAUAUACAUAGACACAAUCUUGUGCGCACCAUCUCUCCUCAUCCCCUUGACACAAUAUAAUGAAACUUCACACAAGUGAUCAGUAACAACAGUACUUGUGCAUGGCGUAUGUUAGGUUGUUUCAACGACAAAAAUUGCAGAGUUACGGGACUUUGUUUCUUGUUCACAUACUAUGUACAUACAGUCUGCAUAUGCAAUCUUGUGCGCGCCUAAUCUUCCGAACCCUUGCACACAAUUUAAUGAAACUUCACACAAGUGAUCAGUAUCAACCCUAGUUGUGCAUGGUGCAUGUUACGUUCUUUUAGAUAAAUAUUCUGCAUAGUUAUGGGAGUUUGUUUUUUGUUACUAUUCUGUAUACAUACAGUCUAUAUUCAUACAGUCCACAUAAUUAUGCAAUCUUGUGUGCGUCAAAUUGCAAUGUACUGUGUCAGUGCAUGUGGGGGGUACAUUCAUCAUCUUUAGUGAUAGCUCUAGUUCCUGGUUGCUUGACCUUUAACCUGCUGGCAGCAAGUGAUUCUGUGUUUGCGAACAGUGCAGAACAAGAUCAGCCUGCACAUCCAUUCAAGAUCAACCUGCACAUCCGUUCACCCCAUGUGGUUCUGGGAUGAUCUGUGUAUGAAAAGAAUUGGAACCACUGCCUCACCCUUGCAUGAUCGUAAGAGGCGACUAAUAGGGUCUUAACACUUGGUUUUGCUGUAACUCUGUGAUUCCAGCAGGUAUGCAAAUUUUGAUUCCAUACCUCAUGUUUUUAUUUCGAUGUAAAUGAGAUAUGAAACCAAAAUUUGUAGUCCUGUUUGGCGCUAUAUAACAUAUACUGUGUUGGUGCGCAGUAAAACCCAAAUAAAAUAAAAUGCACAUCUGUUCAGGCUGAUCAUGUUCUGCACUGUUUGCUAUUUAGUCAGUACAUUUGCAGUGAACACCCCUUUGUUAAACAAGUUGAACUGUCCAAAUUGAACGAUGGACCGGUCCAUUUUAGAAAUUUAGCAGGGUAUAGGUUAAGACAAGUGGCUACUUAGACAGGUUCAGCUGUAUGUCUCAAGUUAUUUUUAUGGUGAAAUGAGAUUCUAUGAACUUAUAUAAAUCAGUCAACUUAUUCACUUGGCAGACCUAUGCUCUUUUGCCUUUUAACCCUAAGCCUGCUAAAUUUCUAUAAUGAACUUGUCCAUCUUUCAAUUUGGACAAUGCCAUUAACUAUUAAAACUGGUGCUUACCAAAAAAAUACUGACUGAAUGGCGAACAGUGCAGAUCAUGAUCAGACUGCACAGAUGUGCAGUCUGAUCAUGAUCUACACUGGUCGCAAAGGCAGAAUCAGUAGUGUUUAGAAUGAUAAAGGCUUAAUUGUUCUUAAAAUAUUUUUAUGGAGAACACUAAUCUUGUUCAGAAAAGAACUGAAGUUGUUGUUUCAACUGUUUUGGUAACCGUUGGAUCUAUGCAUCUUCAACAUGAUGUAGAUUUAAUAUUUUUUGACAGUUUUCUUCUCCAUUCAUCCAUACAUCGAUUUUGCAUUUCUAAAUUUAAACUGCAGUGCUAUAUUUAAUGUUGUCUUAUUUAUUACAAUGUUUUCAGGUAAAUGGACACACUUGAUUAGAUUUUGUUCUUUGUUAUCUACAAUAUAUUUAGGAUAUGAAAGAUGUGAAGACAGUCUAUGACAGUUGUCCCAGUACCUUUAUAUAUGUUAUGAAAUAAAUAUUUUUGGGAAUAUAAAAUAAAACUAUGGAAGGUUA